CAGAGGCCGCCGAAUCUCAGCCUCACCGUUUGUUUUCUUUCAUUCCAUUUAAUUCUAUUCGAAACCCUAAUUUGAUAAAUUUCACUCUCAUCUCUCAAUAGAAUGAGGCAACUCGAUGAGCGGGAGCACGAGGUGUACGGAGGGGAGAUUCCCGAUGAGGAAGGAGAGAUGGACUUUGGCGUGGAUAUGUCUGGUGGAGCCGAAGAUUACCGAGGCAAUGACCGUGAUCUUCAACGUGAUCCUAAUUCCAACUCCAAGGAUUUGGAGGACGUGAAAAAGAGACUUACGGAGAUCGAGGGUGAGGCUGGAGCUUUACGUGAAAUGCAAGCUAAAGUCGAGAAGGAUAUGGGCGCCGUCCCAGAUUCAGCAGGUGCUUCUGCCACCCAAACCGAAAAGGAGGAAGCUGAUUCCCGCUCGAUUUAUGUUGGUAAUGUAGACUACACAUGUACACCAGAGGAAGUUCAACAGCAUUUCCAAUCCUGCGGAACGGUUAACAGAGCGACAAUUUUGACUGACAAGUUUGGUCAACCUAAAGGAUUUGCCUAUGUUGAAUUUGUUGAAACUGAUGCUGUUCAAAAUGCCUUGCUUUUAAAUGAAUCGGAAUUGCAUGGUCGUCAAUUGAAGGUCUCUGCAAAACGAACAAAUGUUCCUGGAAUGAAACAGUACCGAGGAAGGCAACCCAACCCAUACUUCCGCUUCCGAAGGCCUUUUAUUCCGGGUCCUGUUUUCUAUCCUCCAUAUAGCUAUGGGAGGGUUCCAAGGUUCAGGAAGCCAACCAGAUACAGGCCAUAUUAGGAUGGAUCUCACGUUGUCAAAAGAAGCAGAUUUUGGGAAGGCCGUUACUAAUGGUUUAUCAUUAUUUUAUAACGUAUAAUGAUUAUUUUAUAUUAUUUUAGUGAAUUUGAAUUAUUACUUUAAAAUUUUUAAAGUGUUAGUGACUAAAAUACGCAAUUAGUUGUAGGUGGAAUUUUCAUUAAACCUCGUAGGGUCAGUGUAUUUUUCCCUA